GGCUGUGAAGUGGGAGCGGAGCGCAGGGCGCUUGAUGGCACUUAGUGGCUCCUCCACGCAGAUUUGGGACCCCUCGGAUCGCCCCUCCUGGAUUUACUUGCACAUACCUCUCAGUCGACUGUCGGUCAGGCGGUGGACUUCACGAGUGGUGGUGUCUGUGCACUUUGGAGAAACGCGGCUUAUCUUAGGACCGUCACACUUUGAGCGAGUAAAGAAAGAGAAAGAAAAAGAACCGAAAAGUUUGAACAGGUGACAGUGUGCUCAUGUUGUGAAUGUUGUGGUGUCUCACCGGCUCUUAGCCAUCGCUUCUCGGUGUAUCUGCUGGGGCACCGUUUUUCUUUUCCUCCUUCUUGUAUUUUGUUUUUUAAGGAGACCCUGCCUCGCUGCAUGAGUGCCGUCUGCCUGUGUUUUAGUAGUUGUGUGAAGUGCCAAGAUUUCGAUCUGCAAGUAAAAUUUUGGAGACCUGCCUGUGACUGAUUUCAUUGAUAUGGAUGUCGCAACAGGUCCCGAGUCACUGGGAAGGUGCUUCGCCAACAGAACCCAGUCCGACUGCUCCAAGAUGCUGGACGGAAUUAAACUGGAAGAUCACCCUCUCCGUUCAGGACCACCUACUUUUGGAGUGCUGCUUGGGUCCGACUGCCAUCACCCGGCCGUUUGUGAGGGCUGCCAGCGGCCGAUCGCGGACCGCUUCUUGAUGAGAGUGAACGAGUCCUCCUGGCAUGAGGAGUGUUUGCAGUGCGGAGUGUGUCAACAGCCGCUCACCACCAGCUGCUACUUCCGGGACAGGAAACUCUACUGCAAACAGGACUACCAGCAACUCUUCGCAACGAAAUGCAGUGGCUGCAUGGAGAAGAUCGCACCGACAGAGUUUGUCAUGAGGGCUUUGGAGUGCGUCUACCACCUCAGCUGCUUCUGCUGUUGUGUCUGCGAAAGGCAGUUGCGUAAGGGGGACGAGUUUGUCUUGAAAGAUGGCCAGCUGCUCUGCAAAAGUGACUAUGAGAAGGAGAAAGACCUGCUGAGCUCUGUGAGCCCCGACGACUCCGAUUCAGUUAAAAGUGAGGAUGACGACCUGGACAUCAAGCCAGGGAAAAGUGCAGGUGGCCAAGGAAAAGGCAGUGACGACGGGAAAGAUCCCCGCAGGCCAAAGCGGCCCAGAACCAUCCUCACCACCCAGCAGAGAAGAGCCUUCAAAGCGUCCUUCGAGGUGUCAUCAAAGCCCUGCAGAAAGGUGAGGGAGACUCUGGCAGCCAAGACUGGCCUCAGUGUGCGGGUCGUUCAGGUCUGGUUUCAGAAUCAACGAGCCAAGAUGAAGAAACUGGCCCGCCGGCAGCAGCAACAGCAGGAACAGCAGAACUCCCAGCGACUUGGGCAAGAGGUCAUGUCAAGUCGAAUGGAGGGCAUGAUGAACUCCUACACACCACUGGCUCCACCCCAGCAACAGCUUGUGGUCAUGGACCAGAACGGCUACAGCACCGAUCCCUUCCAGCAGGGCCUCACUCCGCCACAGAUGCCCGGCGACCACAUGAAUCCAUAUGGCAACGACUCCAUCUUCCACGACAUCGACAGCGACACUUCCCUCACUAGCCUGAGCGACUGCUUCCUCACCUCGUCCGAAGUGAGUUCCAUGCAGGCCAGGGCAGGCAAUCCCAUCGACCGCCUCUACUCCAUGCAGAGCUCCUAUUUUGCAUCCUGAGAAACAGAGAACAUGGAGAAGUAGGCGCGUAGGGAAGAGACUGAACGGCUUCACGGCCCAGCAGCGCAGAUGAUAUACAGCCAUAUUAUUUCCACCUUUUUUGCCUCCGGCGACAUGGCUCCCCCCAAGAAGAGGGCAUUAGCGGGCUGGACAGUGAGCCGCGUUGGCGACGGAGAAGCGGGAGCGUCGGCCAAUCCCAAAGGAGAGCUGCUCCUGGCAGACCUCACAUCUGUAUAUUUGUAUAGACGAGAAAUGAGAAGAGUGUGCUGCUGAGGGCAGAGCUUGCCGGCCGACAUCUUGACCAAAUACUGCAGAACGACCCGUUUGGUGGAAUUGGACACGUUGCAUGAUACCACUUUUAAGAAAUAUGCUCUUGUGAAAUAAUGUUGAGUUGUACAUUGUGGUGUUUGGACUUAAUACGCUUUUUUUCGUUUUCCUUCUUUUGUUUUUAAAAUCCACUUUGAAAUUUUAGAUCAGUUUGUUAGCUUUAGCCCUUACAAGUGUACGGUAUUUAAGGCAAACGAUGAGAAAAAAUGAAAAAAAAAAGAACGAUUUUUUUUUUUUUUUAAAGUAUAUAUUCUUUCGGAGGUCAUACGUUUGAAAAAUAUAAGAAAAAAGUUCCAAAAAGAAGCGACUGCAUGUUCAGACUGGCAUCUUUCUAUUUAUCUCGCUGUGAAGCAAUGGCGACAGGUGCUACAAAAUGGAAAAGCUUUAUUUAACGGUAGACGGCGUCCCGGCGUAGAGUAGCGAGUCCCUUUCACUUGUGCGUCUUUAAUAAGCCGACGGCGAAUCCCGAGUCGCUUUUUGGAUUUUCUAUUUCCCCGAAGCUGUAAACAUGCGUACCUUUGCUAUUUAUUUGUUCACGAGUUCACUUGCAACUUUUCUAAAAUGCUCAAAAAAGGAGAAGAUGUUUUGCUAAACUACCAAAGUUUCAUUGGUACCAUAAAUAAGCUUUUUUGAAGUCGGACUUUUUCAAUUUUUUUUUUUUUUUGUUUUCCAUUGUGCGCCUCCUGAGAUGAAAUUCUAAAAUACCAGAAAGACGCGUCGUAUUUUAAAACCAACAAAUAAGGCGAGCGGAUGACGGCGGAGGCUUCGGGGUGGGGGGGUGCACUUAGUAGACGGGUGCUCGGGGCGCCCCAUGCUGACUAUGAGAUUAUUCCUCAUGAAUUUUUGUUCCAGUGUUACCACAGGGUGAUGAAAAAAAAAAAAAAAAAAAAAGGAUGUUGACAGGAACUCAGGUUGUACUCUUAUUUGUAAAGAAUAUUUAAACAAAAAAACGAAUAAACCUCCUCCAGUGGCUCCCUGACA